UCCCAGGGAGAAGGAUCACUCCAGCCAUGCGCCGCGGAUAUUAAAAGCCUUAGACUAUACUACAUGCCGGUGGAAUCGACUAAGUGGGUGGAUAUUUGGACAUAACACAGGAAUUGAUCCCUUGACGCGCAGAAUGAACCGCGAAAGGGACAGAUGGGACGCGGGCAAACCGGCGACUUUGUUGGCAAUUUUGUGGAAUCCACGUAGCGUCACUAUGGAGCCUUUAUUUUCUCUGAGCUGCUCAGAAAGCCUUCGUGUCUUCACAGAGGUGAAGGAAGUUAAGUGAGCUGAGCUUGUAGUAGAAUGGUCCUCCUCGGAUGGGACUCUGAGGGAAGGCAUGGCAGCUUUUCACCACAGCAACCCAACGGACAGGGACAUCAGGAGGGUUCUCCAAAAACUUCUAAUCAUGCUCUCUCUGGGAAUAAUCUGUGUCUCUCUUUUCUACUUCCUCGCGGGAUGCUGCGAGUCGGACAUAAGGGAAAACUCCAUCUCUCAAAGACCCGCCAGUGAGUUUCUUUUAUCAGGAUGGUAUCAUGACAGAAACGGGACGUUGUAUAAGGACGUUGUAAUGGUACAGAAUGAAGAUGGAUACCCAGUAGCCGGGGAGAGGAGCACAAUAACUCCGGUUUUGGAGACGAAUAACUCGGUUAAAGAUUUGAUGGCGACACGGCGGUUACCCCAAGCCCUCAUUAUAGGGGUAAAGAAGGGUGGCACGAGGGCUCUUUUGGAGUUUCUCAGGCUGCACCCGGACAUCCGCGCGCUGGGCUCUGAACCGCACUUCUUUGACCGGCAUUACGCACGAGGUUUGGACUGGUACAGGAGUAUGAUGCCCAGGGCCUUGGAUGGCCAGGUUGUCAUGGAGAAGACACCGCGUUAUUUUGUUACCGUGGAGACCCCGGGGCGUGUACACUCCAUGUCGCAUGACGUGAAGCUGAUUAUUGUGGUCCGAGAUCCUGUGACCCGGGCCAUCUCUGACUACACCCAGAUCAUCUCCAAGACCCCCCACAUCCCCACCUUCGAGACCCUCGCCUUCAAGAACCGCACCAAUGGUGAGAUCGACUCUCUGUGGAGCCCUCUAUGGAUCGGACUGUACGCCCAGCACCUGGAGCGUUGGCUGGCCUGGUUCCCCCGGGCCCAGAUCCAUCUGGUCAGUGGGGAGGGCCUCAUCUCCGACCCAGCCGGAGAACUAGGAAAGGUCCAGGACUUUCUGGGCCUUCAGAGGAUUGUGACGGACAAGCACUUCUACUUCAAUAAGACUAAAGGUUUCCCCUGCCUGAAGAAACCGGAGGGCAGCAGCAAGCCCCACUGCCUGGGAAAGACUAAAGGCAGGACACACGCCUCCAUUGAUCCGGAAGUGAUCCAGAGACUGAGGGAGUUCUAUAGGCCGCACAACCAGCGGUUCUACCAGAUGACUGGCCAGAACUUUGGAUGGCAAUGAGGACUCAGUAGGGAUACCAAGGUAAAACAUGCAUCGAGAGUAACAAAGACACUCAGGCAUGGUUCACAGGGACAGGGACAGACAUUAAUGUCAUUUUGGACAUGCAGGACAAAUCUAAUAAGACCAACUACAAUCCACAGCAUGUGCUCUCUGAUUACAACCUCAUUGAUGCCCAAAGCGAAAGAGUACACUUUCUACUCAAACAGGCAUAAAUCAUUCUCACAAAUCGAUUUUCAUACUAUUAUCUACACCUCUUUUCUCUAUAAUAAAGAAAUUAGAAAUUGGACAUAUGAGCUUGUCUGACCACCAUGCUUACCACUGCCAACUUCAAAGUUCAGAAUCUCCUAAAAUACAAGAUGGCUUUUCAACGUUUCUUUCACACAAAGUCCUACAUUCUGUAAUCAAUUUGAAAUUGAGAUAAAUGAAUUCAUAACGAUCAAUAACAAAAAGUGGUCGAUGACCCCAGGAUUCUAUGGGAUGCCACCGUAGGUUUUUGCUAAAGAUAAUGCAUUUGUAUCUGUUUUGAAUAAAUCACAAUAAAAAGAAAAGAUCAGAUUUGGAAAUGUUGUUCACUUUUAGAGCUAAACAAACACUAUUUUCAGACCAGGUAACUAUUACUCUUUCCAAAGUCAUGACAGAACUUCGUUUAUUGAUAAAGACUGAGUGCAGAACUUGCCUUCCAUCGAGUUAGAUUCAACCAUUACUUCCAUGGUCCCAUUCGUUUACUGGGCUGACAAGCUACGCAGUAACAAACAAUUAGCUGACAAAGCGGCUAUUGAAUCUGAAACAGUGAAAUUACUAUCAGAACCCAAAUGAAUCAAUCAAAGAUUCUUCCCGCUUUUAUAAAUAACUGUACACCUCUGAUUAUAAAUCCACACCAAGUUCUUUAUAAAAAAAGAAUGAAGAACUCUUCUCUCAGCAGAGAAAGACAACUUGUCGGGAUCCCAAAUCUCUCUGAACGAACUGAAAGGGGAGUUGGAUGACAUGAAUAAAGACAAACCACCUGGAUGGGUGGUUAUUCCUCCUGAGGUCUAUUUAACAUUUUGGAAUCAAUUAGGUCCACUGUCGCUCAAAAUGUUUAAUACGUUCACAAGGGUUCAUUUGGACGAGAUGUGAAACAGCACUAAUUUCACUUUUAUUAGAAAUAAGGUAAGGCUGCCACCCAUUGUUCUCAUUAUCGCCCCCCUAUCUGCAUACAGAGUAAUGACAUAGCCUCAUACUGUUGAUACAAUGUAAUGACAUAGCCUCAUACUGUUGAUACAAUGUAAUGACAUAGCCUCAUACUGUUGAUACAAUGUAAUGACCUAGCCUCAUACUGUUGAUACAAUGUAAUGACAUAGCCACGUACAGAGUAAUGACAUAGCCUCAUACUGUUGAUACAAUGUAAUGACAUAGCCUCAUACUAUUGAUACAAUGUAAUGACAUAGCCACGUACAGAGUAAUGACAUAGCCUCAUACUGUUGAUAGAAUGUAAUGACAUAGCCACGUACAGAGUAAUGACAUAGCCUCAUACUGUUGAUACAAUGUAAUGACAUAGCCUCAUACUGUUGAUACAAUGUAAUGACAUAGCCACAUACUGUUGAUACAAUGUAAUGACAUAGCCUCAUACUGUUGAUACAAUGUAAUGACAUAGCCACGUACAGAGUAAUGACAUAGCCUCAUACUGUUGAUACGGAAGUGGCUCUGUGCUGGGAACUAAAUCCAAUGUUUACAGACCUCUGGGUAGUGAGGGAGACAAUGCAGAAAGACCAGCUAUAUGCUAGUUACCUUUCAGUAUCUAAUAGAUGUUCAACGAAAGUAAGAAAGUGGCAUUGUUUGAAAACAGCUGGCGUUCUUGUCUUAGAUACACGGUGGCCCGCCAGGAGUGAAGGACAUUGUUAUGGGAUGUGUAGUCUGCAGUGUAGGCUGAUGUGUAGUCUACAGUGUAGGCUGCAGUGUAGGCUGCAAGUGUAGGCUGAUGUGUAGUCUACAGUGUAGGCUGAUGUGUAGUCUGCAGUGUAGGCUGCAGUGUAGGCUGAUGUGUAGUCUGCAGUGGAGGCUACAGUGUAGGCUGAUGUGUAGUCUGCAGUGUAGGCUGAUGUGUAGUCUGCAGUGUAGUCUGCAGUGUAGGCUGAUGUGUAGUCUGCAGUGUAGGCUACAGUGUAGGCUGAUGUGUAGUCUGCAGUGGAGGCUGAUGUGUAGUCUACAGUGUAGGCUGCAGUGUAGGCUGAUGUGUAGUCUGCAGUGUAGGCUGCAGUGUAGGCUGAUGUGUAGGCUGAUGUGUAGUCUGCAGUGUAGGCUGCAGUGUAGGCUGAUGUGUAGGCUGAUGUGUAGUCUGCAGUGUAGGCUACAGUGUAGGCUGAUGUGUAGUCUGCAGUGUAGGCCUGAGUCUGUGUAGGCUGAUGUGUAGGCUGAUGUGUAGGCUGAUGUGUAGUCUGCAGUGUAGGCUGCAGUGUAGGCUGAUGUGUAGGCUGAUGUGUAGUCUGCAGUGU